GUCCGAGCCAGUAUAAAAACCCAUCCAACAGCAUGCUCUCUCAUCCACUUCUCUUGCCUUCUCCUCCUUGGUGAACAAGGUGUGCCUCCAUCCCACAGCCAUGUCCUGCUACGAUCUGUGCCGUCCCUGUGGCCCAACCCCGCUUGCCAACAGCUGCAACGAGCCCUGUGUCCGGCAGUGCCAGGACUCCCGUGUGGUGAUCCAGCCCUCUCCUGUGGUGGUGACCCUGCCCGGCCCCAUCCUCAGCUCCUUCCCCCAGAACACCGCUGUGGGAUCCACCACCUCGGCUGCCGUUGGCAGCAUCCUGAGUGAGGAGGGAGUGCCCAUCUCCUCUGGGGGCUUUGGCCUCUCUGGCUUUGGUGGCCGCUACAGUGGCAGAAGGUGCCUGCCCUGCUAAAGCCCACGAGGAUGACCAGUGAGCGCAUCGACCAGGAAGCCCAAAGCCAGGUGCCGGACUGAGGACGGAGCUGCUGGCCAGGGUUUCCAGACGGGCUGAGCACCCUCGUGGCCUCCUGCAGAGCAGAGAGGGAAGCCAGGGUGCCAGCCUGUGCUGUCUGGAAACACGGCCAGCAGACAUCUUCUUCUCCUGCUAUCUUCUCGCAUCGACCAGGAAGCCCAAAGCCAGGUUCCAGACUGAGGACGGAGCUGCUGGCCAGGGUUUCCAGAUGGGCUGAGCACCCUCGUGGCCUCCUGCAGAGCAGAGAGGGAAGCCAGGGUGCCAGCCUGUGCUGUCUGGAAACACGGCCAGCAGACAUCUUCUUCUCCCACUUUCUUCUCUGCAUCAUGAGCCCUCAUUGUCUCCUGCUGUCCUGUGCCAUGAGUUAAUCUGGAAGCAAGUCAAGAGUGUCCUGUUUCUUCUUCCUCUCACCAUGUGAGGGAGGAAUACGUGCAUCCUGCUGUGGUGAAGGGGGGUCUGACUGCCAGCUGUCCUCGUGGCAGCCUGGACUGGAUCUCUUCCUCCAAGUGCUGCUUUGAUUCCUUCUUCAGACUCAUUAAAGUUUAUGCUGCAUUGUAA